AUGAAACAAGGUGACCGGUACCGAACCAAAGAUCUAGUUAUUAAAGGUGCCGAUUGGAUUGUCAAUGAAAUGAAGAAGUCUGACCUACGUGGACGUGGUGGUGCUGGUUUCCCGUCUGGUCUCAAAUGGGAAAUUAUGAGCCACGACCCACACAAACUUUUAGAGGGUUGCUUGAUCACUGGUGUUGGGAUGAGGGCCAGUGCUGCUGACAUCUAUAUAAGAGGUGAAUAUGUGAAUGAACGGUUAAACCUUGUAAAAGCUAGAAAUGAAGCUUAUGCAGCUGGAUUACUGGGGAAAAAUGCUUGUGGAUCUGGUUAUGAUUUUGAUGUUCAUAUCCACUUUGGUGCUGGUGCCUAUAUUGGUGGUUUGAAAGAUGAAGACUGCAUUUUCACCAACUUAUAUGGGUUGCACGACCCAUUUCUCAAAGGUCCCAUGAAACGAGGUGACUGGUACCGAACCAAAGAUCUCGUUAUUAAAGGUGCUGAUAUUGGAUUGUCAAUGAAAUGA